AUGUGCACUGCUCUGAGCCCCAAGGUACGCAGUGGACCUGGCCUUUCUGAUAUGCAUCAGUAUAGCCAAUGGCUGGCCAGCAGACAUGAAGCGAAUUUGCUACCGAUGAAAGAAGAUCUGGCCCUGUGGUUAACCAAUCUAUUAGGGAAGGAGAUUACGGCAGAAACUUUUAUGGAGAAAUUGGAUAAUGGUGCCUUGCUCUGUCAACUUGCAGAAACUGUGCAGGAGAAAUUCAAAGAGGGCAUGGAUGCUAACAAGCCUACGAAGAAUCUGCCUUUGAAGAAGAUUCCGUGCAAAGCCUCUGCACCCUCAGGCUCCUUUUUUGCCAGAGACAACACAGCAAAUUUCUUAUCCUGGUGCCGAGAUUUAGGGGUCGAUGAAACAUGUCUAUUUGAAUCGGAAGGCUUGGUCCUCCACAAGCAACCCAGAGAAGUGUGUCUCUGUUUGCUAGAGCUUGGCCGGAUUGCAGCCAGGUAUGGUGUGGAACCUCCUGGGUUGAUAAAAUUGGAAAAAGAGAUUGAGCAGGAAGAAACACUUUCUACUCCUUCGCCUUCACCUUCUCCUUCAUCAAAGUCUUCUGGAAAAAAGAGUACGGGAAACUUACUGGAUGAUGCGGUGAAGCGAAUUUCUGAAGAUCCUCCUUGCAAAUGCCCAAACAAAUUCUGUGUGGAGAGGCUGUCUCAAGGAAGAUACCGAGUGGGAGAAAAGAUCCUCUUCAUUAGGGGUCUUCAUGGUUGUGACCAUGUCUCCACAGCCAAAGCAAAGCAGACAUUUAAGAUGCUGCACAACAAACAUGUCAUGGUCCGUGUGGGAGGAGGAUGGGAAACUUUUGCAGGGUAUUUGUUGAAACACGACCCCUGCCGGAUGCUGCAGAUCUCUCGUGUGGAUGGCAAAACCUCCCCCAUCCAGAGCAAAUCUCCAACUCUUAAGGACAUGAAUCCAGACAAUUACCUGGUGGUCUCUGCCAAUUAUAAGGCUAAGAAGGAGAUUAAGUAAAACUAGCUGGUCACCACAAGGGGACUCUCCUAAUGGCCUGUACCCAUUUCUCCAGUGUAGUUAGUUUAGUUCACAUGCUCUGACAAUUACUUUGGAAAAAGGCAUAACAGAAAAAUGUCAUUAUUCUUGAAAAAAUGUUCAAAGAGUAGCACUAUUUAUUUUGAUGCUUCUGUAGGACAUGACCAAUUAAAAGAAGUUCUAAGCUCAGACUUAAAUUAGAAAAAUUGUAGGCAAAUUAUUAUUUCUUGAUAUGCGAACACAGUAUUUAGUACACGAUAGUAGAAGUACAACUCUAGCUAGAGAUAAAAACUAUUAGAAGAGAAUAUUUAGGAUUUAUAGAUAAGUCAACAGAAAGUGCCUGCUUUCUGUCUACAAAGUAAAAGCACCCCAGACAUUUUUAUAAUUGCAGGAUUUUUAAGCUAAUUUUUAAAAAGUGACAAUUAGUGUGAUAAUGUGCUACUAAAAAUAUUCAAUAGCACUACAAAUAAGUACAGAGUGUUCGUAACGGUAACACUUUACUAGAAAGGCCACUUCAGAAAAGUUUACAUUCACUUGGAAGAUUGCCUUAAAGUUUAUUCCUUAUCUAUGACCAAAUAUCUGGGGUACUUUUGGAAGUUUUCAGUACACCCCUUAGAGAACUGCUUAUGAAGUGUUUCAUACAUUCCUAAGCACAUGGCUAUGUUGAGGCUGACUUAGUGUAAUUCACACACAUAAGCUGACAUACAUUUAUAUUUUGACAGAAUAAAUUGUACAGUCAAAAGUUCACUGACUUCAUGUUAUUUGAAAGCAUUUUCUUAUGAAAAUAUAUCUUUAGUUACUCCUACUUUGCUAUGCUGUCUAGUAAAGUAAAUUCACUGUAGCUGAUGUUACAGACUUAUGUAUACCCUUGUAUACUUAGGACAGGGCUGUUGUGUACCCAUAAACAGCAAACUAUUGUCCUCACUGAUUCAAGAAU